AUGUCUGUGCCUAAAAAUCCAAGUUUAUUGGAAGAGGAGGAGGAGAGUCCUGAGACAGCAGAAUCCAUGGAGCCUGAGCUGUACAGAGCUAUAACAGAAGGCAACAUUCUUGAAUUCGUUAGAGCAAUGCAACUAGCAUCUUGUGUUCAACUAAGUCCCCAGAAACACACUGUUCUUCAUUUAGCAACAAGCUUUGCUCAUCAUGAGAUUGUCAAACUUCUGUGCAAGGACUUACCUUUCUUUCUUGGUGACAAGAAUAUGAAAGGUGACACUGCCCUCCACAUUGCAGCAAGAGCUGGUGAUUCACAGCUGAUCAGUCUGUUGUUCCAAUCAGAUUUCCGAGAAAGCGUUUUGGGGGAGAUGAAUGAGGAUGGUAAUACUGCUCUGCAUGAAGCAUUGCGUUAUGGUCAUGAAAAUGUGGCUAGAGUUUUAAUUGAUAAGAAUCGAGAUAUGAUGUAUUCUGUGAAUAAGGAAGGACAGUCUCUGUUGUAUCUGGCUGCAGAAAAAGGAUACGAGGCAAUUGUUAGGCUUCUAAUGGACAAUCCAGUAGGGAAUUGCAGUGCUGAAAGAAGGCUCAAAAACAAGUCACCAGUUUAUGCUGCCAUCCUUGGGAGGAACAUAGGUGUCCUGAAGAUAUUGUGGGAAAAGGACCAAUCCUCUUUCCAUUUAAGGUGUGACAAAGGGAGGAAUCCUGUUCACUGUGCUGCAUCGGUGGAUUAUCAUGAAGGUGUCAAUUACUUGCUAAAUAAAUUCUGUACUUUUGCUUACCAAAAGGACAAACAUGGCUUCUCUCCCAUUCACAUAGCAUCAAGCAAAGGCUACCUCAACACAAUUGAAGAGGUGCUAAGGCACUGCCCAGAUUCGAGGGAGCUACUCACUUUACAAGGUCAGAAUAUCCUUCAUGUUGCAGCUAAGAAUGGAAGAACCAAAUCAUUUACUUCCAUGCUCAAAAUGCCCGAGCUUGAGACGCUCGUAAAUGAGAGAGAUGGGAAUGGAAACACACCUUUGCAUAUCGCCACGAUACAUGGGCAUCCAAAGAUUGUGAACAGUUUAAUGAGGGAUGAAAGAGUGAAAGUUGGGCUGCAAAACAAAGACGACUUGACAGCACUUGACAUUGCUGAGGAAUACAUGGAGACAAUGGCAUCAUUUAGGAAGAGGUUGACAUGGAUGGCCUUGAGAGUCGCAGGUGCUCCACGAGCUCAAAAUACGAAGUUUACCAGAAGCAAAAAAUCUAAACUUGGAAAACAACAUAAAAAGAAAAAUUAUAGAGAUCAGGUAAAUAUAAUUUUGUUGGUGGCAACACUUGUUACAACAGUAACCUUCAAUGCUGGUUUCACCAUCCCUGGUGGCUAUAACAACUCCAACCCUAAUCAAGGUAUAGCUACCAUGCUAGAAAAAGUGAAGUUUCAGGAAUUUGUGAUAUGCGACACCAUAGCAAUGUAUAGCUCCAUUAUUGUUGUUGUUACUCUCAUUUGGGCACAAGUAGGGGACAUUAGCUCAAUGCAUGUUGCCCUAAAAUUGGCUCGACCGCUUUUGGGGAUAGCACUUGUCUUGACGUCCAUAGCAUUCAUGGCUUCCAUGUACCUUGUGGUGAGCAAACUCAGUUGGCUUGCAAAAUUUGUGAUGUUCAUGGGCUCAACCUUCGUCAUUGCCCUUGUGGCACUCUUCGUUCCACUAUGCUUCUUAGGUUCAUCAAAUUACCUUAUUUUCCGCUACAUCUCUUACUAUCCAUUCCGACUAAUGUUGUUUGUAUUUGGAAGCUACACGGAGGAUGAUGAGCUACCAUAG